CCCCUGCCUUCGAUUUUUGGUAUUCCUCUCUGUGGUCUCUCUUCGGUUUCACGGGAGUAGUCACGAAGAGCUGCUGCUCCGAUAGAGAUGUACGCCGAGGCAGAGCUUGAGCUGCCAUCCUUCUCGCACGGAUUCUUGCAGGAAGUGGCGGUCGGCAGCUAUCAUGGCCACUACUCCCACCUCCCGCUCCCCGACGACGGCUUCAUCUCCGGCUUCCACGUCGGGGCAGCGGGCGGCGGGCUCAGCAUGGGAAACAUGGUACAAACUUGUGCUGUAUCAGAAUAUGAUAUGGGAGGAGAAGGAGAUCUUUUCAAAGCUCCAGAACCAAUUCUGGAAGUGCCAUCUCUUGAACUUGAUCCUGUGACAGCUGCCAUUAUAUCUGUUGGAGGUGAUGUCAUGACAGAAACAAUAAAGGUUGCAGAUAUAGAGUCAAUCCAAACUGAUCAUCUCAAUGACAUAUUUUAUGAGUGCAAGAAAGACCUUCUAGAGGAGUCAGAGAUUGAAGAUUCAAUUUCUGAACUCUUAGAUGUCAAGAUUCCUGCAGUGCAAAUGGACGAAGUUCCACUUUCUGAGAAACUUAGCUAUGCAGAAGGAUCAAUGCAGAAAAGUGUUAGCUCUGGGUGUUUAAGUUCAGUGGAAUGGAUCCCUGGGGGUACUAGGAGACCAGACUUCCUUGAUUUCCAAGGAUUGGAUUUUGAAGCUGCAAUUUUAGGUUUGAGGAGAGCGUAUAGCGAGGGAGAUAUUCAGAAUCUUGGCAAGAAUAACACAAGCAUUGGGAAUACAACCGCUGUUUGCUCUUCCUUUGAACAGCUCCUAACCAUCAGUGAUGUUAAGACUGAACGACAGCAAAAACUUUCCAGGUACAGAGAGAAGAAGAGCAAGAGAAACUUUGGCAGAAAAAUCAAAUAUGCUUGCAGGAAGGCUCUUGCAGACAGUCAACCCAGAGUUCGUGGAAGGUUUGCGAAGACCGAAUAGUGUGAGGCUUCAAAACCAAACAUAUCAAUGCAAACGUCGAACUAGGCAAGAUGUUGAAGUCGUUAGCAGCUCACACUUUCUCCAUCGUCUUGAAGGAUGCUUUUGGAAGUGAUAAGAACAAAUGGGCCACGAGAGACAAGGUCAAUAGCAAUAUGGAUGACAGAUAUCUCUGCUUUACACAAGGAAAUUAUUGAUCACCAUCCACUGGGUUAUCUUCUGUGAUGCAAUGCAAUAACAGCCUAUAUAGGUAAAAUUGAAGUUGUAGCUCAGUUCUGUACAGUAGUUUGAAUAAAAGGAAUUUUGUAUUCUACUUGCUGUAUUAUCACAUUAUCAAAUAUUUAUUCAUGCAUUCGAUCCCGCACCAAA